UCAAGGUGCGCAGGGCAUGCUGACAGCACCUGUCUCUCCUCAGAUGCCAUACAGGAAGAGGGCGUGUUUUUAUGACACACUGGGGGAAUGCUCAGCAGCUAGACCCAACACACACCAAUGAUUGUCCAAACUAACAGCGCAGGUGAGUCAGCCUCCUUAGCUGAUUGAUUUUAAUUUGGUAAAUGUAGAGAGGUGUAACUAGGGCGAGACUGAGAGGAGCCUUAUUUUCGUGCGAGCACUUGCCGACACUUUGACCUAUCUAUCAUCAAAUUCAAGAACAAACCACUCACAAUACAGCUCGCAGAUCUCGUGAAACAUGAAGGUACAGUUUCUGAUACCUGUGGCAUUACUCGUGUCUGUCGCUUUGGUUGGGGUCAUAAAAAUACGGCAAAAUGAGCAGGACAAGGAGGAAAAACGGAGCAAGUUUCUAGAAAUCAAGCUGCGGGUGACCUACGACGUGCUCGGAGAGUAUCAGAGCGAUACGGCAGAGACGGAGACCAAGCUGGAGAAGACCCAAACUGAGAUGAAAGCGCUGAUAGAGGAAGCGAACAUGGCCCAGGCCAAAGCCGAUAAGGCGAAGGGUGAAGUGGACGUCUGCCAGGGAGGCCAGAAAUUGGUAAAAGAUGGGCUGGGAUCAUUAGAGACGGAAAUAAAUAAUCUCAAAGCUGAACAUGAUAAGGAGAAGACCAGCUGGGCAACACAAGUGGAAACACAGAAACAGCAACUAGCUGCACGGAGCGCAGUGUGUGACUUUUUGAAAGCAGAAUCACAUAUAGCAGGCAAUCUGUGUGGAGUGAUUGAAGCACCUAAACCAGAAGCACCUAAACCAGAAGCACCUAAACCAGAAGCACCUAAACCAGAAGAACCUAAACCAGAAGCAGAGGCCCCUAAACCAGAAGCACCUAAACCAGAGGCUCCCAAGAAGAGAUGAGAUAACUCCUCCACCUCCAACGCUGAAAACAGAAAUAGGUAUUGAAUAAUCGUUGUUAACCUUGUCUGCCUCUCUCUUUCUUAGUGACCCUGCCUCAGGGAGGGAGGUAGUGAGUGAGCACUGACCAAUCAGAGAACACAAUUCUUUUGUUUGCCUAUCUCCAUAAAAGGUUUGGCUGUGCAGUUUGUAUUCUGGCCGAUCAUAAAGCUUCCUCAUGUAUUUCUGUUGAAGCUUUCAAUAAAAUGUUGUGUUUGUGUAAAAUUUAA